UUUCUGAAACUGAGUUUUAAAACUAGCAAUUCUUUUUAUCACCUCCUUGUGUCUUUGGAAAAUCUCUCCUUGUACCAACUUCCUUACAGCUAUUCUUAUUUCCUAUCAUAGAAUUUUUUUUUUUUUCCUUCAGGGAAUAAAAAACCAAUACAACCCUGUCUCUAGGAAGGAGUGAGUGAUCUGAUCUCAAGUGGUGUGAGAAGACCUAUUUUGAUCCAAACCAGGGUCUUAGGCUGGGUUAUUUCCAACCCUGGUCAAACAAUUGAUCAUAAGAUGUUUUUUUGGCUUAUGUGCUAUCUUGUGGAUGUGUGGCUGAUUUCUGCCUCAGAUGUGGGCCACUGUCCUGACCCCUUGCUGGUGACUGAUGAGUUCAGUUCCUUGGAGCCUGUCAAUGUGAAUGACACUAUCAUGUUUAAAUGCAGUGAGCAUUGCAUCCUCAAGGGCAGCAAUUGGAGCCAGUGCCGAGAAAACCACACCUGGGUGACUCACUUUCCUGUCUGCAAAAGCAGAGACUGUGGCCCUCCUGAGACUCCAACUCAUGGCUAUUUUGAAGGAAGAGAUUUCAAGUCAGGAUCUGCCAUCACUUAUUACUGUGAAGCAAGGUACCGCCUGGUGGGCACACAGCACCAACAGUGUAUCGAUGGGGAGUGGACCAGUACCCCUCCCAUCUGUGAGUUGAUCCAAGAAGCUCCCAAACCAGCUGAGUUAGAGUUGGAGAAGGCAUUUCUUGCCUUUCAGGAGAGUAAGGAACUUUGCAAAGCCAUAAAGAAAUUUACACAAAGAUUAAAGAAAAGUGAUUUAACAAUGGAGAAAGUAAAAUAUUUUCUGGAAAGAAAGAAGGCCAAGUUGAAGGCAAAAAUGUUGCCCUGACAUUGUAGCUGAGCAGACUGGGUAAUAGAAAUACUCCCAUGAAUAAAAUUUUCUCUUGGUUCUGAAA